AUGUCUCUCACCAACGGCCUGGUAGAUUUCAGCCAGCCAAGCCUCUGGAUCUCCGCCGCGAGCAUAAUCUUCAACCCGACCUUCUGGAACAUCGCCGCCCGCACAGAGUACCGCCACCACACCCUCACGAAGCUCGCAGGCGGCAACGCGCUGUACGGCUGCUACGGGCUAGCAAUCACCAUCUUCUCCCUCGGCAUCUUCCGCGACGCGCUGUACGAGCGCGCGCUCCGCCCGCAACCCACGCACCCCCUCCUCCUCACGCCCCUCAGCCAAGCCCUCGCCGUCGCCCUCCUCGCUUCCGGCAACGUCCUCGUGCUCAGCAGCAUGUGGGCUCUCGGGAUCACGGGGACAUACCUGGGCGACUAUUUUGGCAUUCUGAUGGAUGAUAUCGUCACGGGGUUUCCGUUUAAUGUCACCGGGAGUCCGAUGUAUUGGGGGAGUGCGAUGAGUUUUGCGGGGUCGGCGUUGUGGUUUGGGAAGCCGGCGGGGUUGGUGUUGACGGUGUUGGUCGUGAUUUGUUAUCGGGUUGCGUUGGGGUUUGAGGAUCCGUUUACCGCGGAGAUUUAUGCUAAGAGGGAGAGGGAGCGGAUGACUUUGAGGGAUGGGAAGUCGAUUCCGACUAAGGGGGUUAGUGGGAAGAAGGGACAAUGA